AUGACCUUGAAACUCGUGUAUCGCAUCCUUCGAAAAUUGUCGGACUGGACAGUCGACGGAUUCUACUCUGAGGUAUACGUCGAAGGCGCAGAGAACGUACCUAAGGAUGGACCACUUAUCAUUGCCGCGACGCAUCACAACGAAAUUAUCGACGUCGCCGCCCUUGCUGUAACAAUACCCUAUCGACGUCACCUCUGUUUCUGGGCAAAAUCCACGCUUUUCUCCAACCCCAUCUUUGGUUCUAUCCUCGCUUCGUCAGGCGCCAUCCCGGUUACGCGGAACCCAAACCGCGACGACGGGACCUCCAAGGCGGUGUUAUUCCAGUCGACUACGGCAGUAAUAGCCAAGGGCGAGGUGGCUGUGGGACAGCAGUGGGCAGCCGUCGAAUAUACGAGGUGGUGCAGGGAGCACGCGAAAGACGAGCCUGAGCUGGUCAUCGUUCCCGUCGGGCUGGUGUACACGGACAAGGACACGUUUAAGAGCAGGGCGCGAGUACAUUAUGGCCCUCCCAUCUCUAUGGCAGAUUACACCCAAGAACUGUUCGAUAUAUCGCCUGGUGCAGAUCCUAAUGAUGCCGGCUAUGCAGUCGUACACAACAUAUCCAAUCGAAUAGAGAAAGAGCUUUUUGAUAUGACCAUCAAUGCCAAUGACUGGGAGACGUUAUUCGCAGCACAAACAGCUCGUGCAGUCCUUUGGGGAGACGAUAAAAAUGUCGACUUGAAGAACUGGAGAGCAGUUUCACAGACUAGACCUUUUGUCAUACCAUCCCACCGCAGAACCACCCCCAGAACCCAUACGACUUGCCAAAGCCUUCUCUCGUUGAAUAUUUCUCUCUCCUGCACUUACACUGGUCUCUCCCACGCUAUCCUUGAGAGCGUCAUUCCUUCUACCUCGCAUAUUCCGUCAAUACUUCCGUCUCUGAAAACUGUACUCCUCUUUCCGGUGGCGAUACCAGCGAUGCUGCUUCACAUCCCAGCAUGCAUUAUGGCUGAGCUCACCCUCAAAUUGUUCGCGCAAGAGGAUGAGUGGGAAGGGUUUGCACAGUAUCGUUCCGUAGGCGGCGGUAUUGGGGGGAGAGAGAAUUUGGCUGUUCCUGCUUUCGAAUGGAUGAGGCGCGCUGUCAGUGCACGUAACGGGAAGGUCGGGAAGGUCGUAUCUUUCCUUGCCUUCGGGUGGACGAUGAUCAAGUGGUAUGGGCUAUUUUCUGGAGGUAUCCAUCAAAGACCCUCCUCACGGACAGUGCGGAUCGUUCUGGGAAUUCUUCUCCCUCCCUCCUCGUCUCUGAAGGCGGAGAUAUACAAGAAACUCCCACCACCUCCGCCAUCUAACGCAUUUAUCCGCCGGAGGAGAGACGCAGGAGGUUUAUCUGCUGAAUUCUGGGACAAGAAGGAGAAGGAGGCAGAACAGAGUCGUCCUCCUCCCGUAGCCUCAAGAAAGUUGGUCAGACAAUUGUUGGAACAGAGGAAGGAGACGAUGGGGCAGUUGAGCAGGACCCUCGUAGAGUUGGAGGGUAUGGAAAAGUAUUCCGAGAAGAUAGGCCGACUAAGGGAGAUGGGUGCGAAGAUUAAUUAAGCAGUUCGGUUCGUCUGUCCCUGGUGUAAUGUUUAAACCAAACCGAAACUUGAUACCAAGCUGAUGUGAACCACCUUUGAAGGUUCCUAAAGCAGGUUGUAUUGCGGGGA